UAAACAGAAAGACUAUCAGAACAUGCAAUCAUAAUUCUGCUGCAUGUUACAAACCACAAAACUGCAACAAAAUAACAAGAGAUAAUCUACUGCAAGUGUGUUGUAAUCGGGCAAAUUGAAUGAAGCAGCACCUUCGAUAUGCCAUUGAAAAAAAAAUCACAGGACUGUAGCAAACUUAAUGACGCGUUGGAUCUAAUUCAUUCCCAGAGUGAUCGCUUCUGUAACAAUCUCGUUUGACGAGAGGCUGCAUCUCACACACAAAAGACACUUUAAAAAAUCCAGCACCGAGCUGUGGUGGAGAUUGGUAAGUGACCGGGUCUUGCAAGCUCUCAACGUUGGGACAUUCAUUUGACAAAUGCAUAUUUGAUUCAGGGUGGAGUGAGAAGGAGCGUCACUGCUUCCCAUUGGAGCUCAAGACACUUGCAUCCUCUCCGUUUCUCUUCAGCAUUUCAUUUUUGGCCAGAGAUCCGAGGCGAUUCACGCAGAAGGAGCGUUUGUAAAACAACCGGCACCUUAUCAAGCACUGAGCCGAUAUGAAGUUCAUCUAAGCCGGGGACGUUUUCAGGCAGCAGCGAAGGGACUAAUAUUAACAUUUUUCUUUUUCUUCUUCUUUUUUUAUCCAGUAAUAAACGGGAUGCAUUGCCCGUCUGCAAAUCUUAACUUUUCAAUAUAGUUGUUACAUAGGAUGGUAUAUUUAUUCUACUAUUUUGAUAUUGUUAGUGGUAUAGUGGUAACAAUGCUGCACUGAGCACUGUAAAGCGUUGUAUUUGUGUGUGGGACUGAUUACUGAUUUCACAGUUUCCAUUUGGGUAUUUUUAUUUGAUAUUUUAACAGCAAAUGUAUCUACAUUUUGAUCUUGGGGAUUGAAGGUCUUGGCUAGAGCAACAAGCGGUGCUAGUCGCAGGCAGUUCUGUAGAGCUAUUUGUGUGACGAUUCUUUGCAAUUUGGAUAUGAAAGCAUGGCUUCGGUUUUAAUGACUUCACGUGUUUAAAAGCUUCACGUGUUUUAAACAGGUGCAUUUUUUUUAGCUUGUCAAUGACACGUUGGAUAAUAACAAUGGCAAACUCGCCUGCAGAAUUGAACUACCUCAGCUUAUGGAGAGCUAUCUGGGUGGCACAUUUAUUCCUCGAGUUCGGACUGGCGCAGGAGGUCUAUGCGCCCCACUCUGUACGGGUUGAAGGAGACUUAACGUUGGGUGGCCUUUUCCCUGUCCAUGCCAGGGGUCUCUCCGGAGAACCUUGUGGGGAUAUCAAAAAAGAAAAUGGGAUCCACAGGCUGGAAGCUAUGAUGUACGCUUUAGACCAAAUUAACAGUGACCCAGACCUUUUGCCCAACAUCACCUUAGGUGCCCGGAUCUUAGAUACGUGUUCCAGGGACACUUACGCACUGGAACAAUCGCUUACCUUUGUACAGGCUCUGAUACAAAAGGACACUUCGGAUGUUAGGUGUACCAAUGGAGAACCCCCAGUGUUUGUGAAGCCAGAAAAAGUAGUUGGGGUGAUUGGUGCUUCUGCCAGUUCCGUGUCCAUCAUGGUAGCCAACAUUCUGAGACUCUUCCAGAUCCCGCAGAUAAGUUAUGCCUCAACGGCUCCGGAGCUAAGCGAUGACCGGCGGUACGAUUUCUUCUCCCGUGUGGUUCCUCCGGAUUCCUUCCAAGCCCAGGCGAUGGUAGACAUUGUGAAGUUCAUGGGGUGGAAUUUUGUCACGACCCUGGCCUCUGAAGGAAGUUAUGGGGAGAAAGGAGUGGAAGCUUUUAUCCAGAUUUCCAGAGAGGCAGGUGGACUUUGCAUCGCUCAGUCUAUUAAAAUCCCACACAACCACAAAACAGACGACUUUGAUAAAAUUAUCACGCAGCUUCUGGAAACGCCGAAAGCACGUGCCAUCAUCAUAUUUGCCAAUGAUGAAGAUAUCAGGCAGGUUCUGGCUGCAACUAAAAGAGCCGGUAAAGUUGGUCAUUUUCUCUGGGUGGGCUCGGACAGCUGGGGUGCCAAAUCUAGCCCGGUGAUUUGGCAAGAAGACGCUGCAGAGGGAGCCUUGACCAUCCUGCCGAAAAGGGCCACCAUAGAUGGAUUUGAUGUUUACUUCACUUCCCGGACUCUGGAGAACAAUCGUAGAAAUGUGUGGUUCGCCGAGUACUGGGAAGAAAAUUUCAACUGCAAGCUAACAAUGAGUGGCUCAAAGAAAGAAGACACAGAUCGUAAAUGCACAGGUCAAGAGCGGAUUGGAAAGGACUCCCAUUAUGAGCAGGAGGGGAAGGUGCAGUUUGUGAUUGACGCAGUGUACUCCAUAGCUUACGCUCUGCACAACAUGCACCAGGAUCUCUGUCCAGAGUAUUCAGGGGUCUGUCCUGAAAUGGAGCUUGCCGGAGGAAAAAAGCUAUUGAAGUACAUCCGUGCCGUCAGCUUUAAUGGCAGUGCAGGCACUUCUGUGGUGUUCAAUAAGAACGGGGAUGCACCGGGACGCUAUGACUUGUUUCAGUACCAGAUCACGAACACCAGCACACCAGGUUACAGACCGAUCGGCCAGUGGACAGACUACCUGCAACUCAAUGUGGAAGACAUGCAGUGGGCUGAAGGAAUACGAGAGAUCCCUAGCUCAGUGUGCAACCUCCCAUGCAAGGCUGGUGAGAGAAAGAAGAAGGUGAAAGGCAUGCCCUGCUGCUGGCACUGUGAGAAAUGUGUAGGGUACCAGUACCAGGCUGAUGAGACGUCAUGCAAGCUCUGUGACUACAACAUGCAUCCCAAUGAGAACCGCACUGGAUGCCAACCCAUACCUAUCAUAAAACUGGAGUGGCAUUCCCCUUGGGCUGUCAUCCCUGUCUUUUUGGCCAUGCUUGGGAUUAUCGCCACCAUCUUUGUCAUGGCUACCUUCAUUCGGUACAACGAUACCCCGAUGGUGCGUGCCUGUGGGAGGGAGCUUAGCUAUGUCCUUUUAACUGGGAUAUUUCUUUGCUACAUCAUAACUUUCUUAAUGAUCGCCGAGCCGAAUAUAGCCGUGUGUUCUUUCAGACGUAUCUUUUUGGGACUGGGAAUGUGCAUCAGCUACGCAGCUUUACUGACCAAGACCAACAGAAUCUUCCGCAUCUUCGAGCAGGGAAAGCAAUCUGUCACAGCGCCCAGGCUCAUCAGCCCCACCUCGCAGCUGGCCAUCACUUCCAGUCUCAUUUCAGUCCAGCUUCUUGGAGUCUUAAUAUGGUUCGUGGUUGACCCACCAAACAUCAUUACUGAUUAUGACGAACAGAAGACGAUGAACCCUAACCAAGCAAGAGGCAUUCUCAAAUGUGACAUAACGGAUCUACAAAUUAUUUGCUCUCUGGGUUAUAGCAUUCUCCUAAUGGUAACUUGUACAGUUUACGCAAUCAAGACUCGUGGAGUUCCUGAGAACUUCAAUGAGGCCAAACCUAUCGGAUUCACAAUGUACACUACCUGUAUAGUUUGGCUUGCCUUCAUUCCAAUAUUUUUUGGCACAGCUCAAUCAGCAGAAAAGUUGUACAUUCAGACCACCACGCUCACCAUAUCUAUGAACUUAAGUGCUUCGGUGGCACUGGGGAUGCUGUAUAUGCCGAAAGUGUAUAUCAUCAUAUUCCACCCGGAGCUGAACGUGCAGAAACGCAAGCGCAGCUUCAAAGCCGUGGUGACGGCUGCUACAAUGUCCUCCCGACUGUCACACAAAUCCAGCGACAGGCCGAACGGAGAGGCCAAAACGGAGCUCUGUGAAAGCGUCAAUACAAACAGCCCUGCAGCUAAGAAGAAGUAUGUGAGCUACAAUGAGCUUGUCAUCUAGGCAGUACCAGCUACAGGAGAAGGUGAGAACCAGACCGGUCAUCCGUCCCCUUGGCGUAGGCCUCAUCCUGUGCUGCACAGAGUUGACAGGCCUUCGGAGGAGCUUGUUGGCCAGACUUCAUUUGCAGGUUCCAUAUUUUUUGGAGGAACCAAAUACGCUGACGAGUUACAUAAAGACAUAUUUCCUUAGUAAAAGUAAACAGACCUCUUGGAUGACUGAGACAUUGGCAGUGAAAGGUCCUUGUAAGUUUGUGCCACCUCAAGAUACCAAGAGUUUCUUCACCUUCCUGGUGUUCUCCAGAAGCAUCGCAACAAAGAGACAACAGAGGAGCUAUUUUGUCUGUAAAUGUACUUCCAAACUGCAAGUUUUCCAACAUUUCUGUAAUGUUUGUGAGGUUUUUUGCAUUCUGUCAUUCUUUGUUGCUUGAAUUUCACUUUUUUGCUUCUUGGAUGCUCACGUUUUUUGAAGCCAUAUUCUUCUCUGAGGUGAGAUUUGUCUAUAGAUUUUCUUUUUUGUUUCUUAAAAAUGUAUAUUCCUUUUAUUAGUUUGCCAUAGUUGUGUUUCAUAUAUUUUGCCAGAGACCGUUGACCAUCAACUGUAUAUUGAAAAGAAAGAAAAAUCUCUUCCCAUAGUGUUUUUUUUUAUUUUAACUGAAGUAAUUGAUGGUAUAACAGGUCUGACUGAGGUGUUACAUGUUUGAAUUUGCUAAUGCAUGCCUGGUAUUUUUCGAUGUUUAAAAACAUUUUAUAACACAAUUCUAAUAUCAGCCUGUUAUGAAUAGCAUUUUAUUGAUUUUUUCUGGAUUAUCUUUCUUUUCAGAUAUUUUACACAGAGGGAAUAUGGCUUUAAUUUGUCUUGGAGUUUAUUAUUACCACAUGGGAAAUUGUGAAAAGGACUUUUAAAAAGCAUGUGUGUUUUAUACUGUUUGUAUUAAGUAUAUUUAUGUUGCUCUUGCUGCUUAUGUGCCAAUAUUGUGGGAGACAUUUAAGUUUUGCCACUCAUGCAAGUGUACAGUGAUAUUGUCCAAGAAUGUAUCUACAUGAAAUAAAACCAUUUGGAGAUCUUUUUUUAUUCCCUGCAACAAAUUGGUGGACAGGUUUCUUUUUUUAUUGGUCUGACAAGGCACCAAAUUGAAAACCAGCAGAAAUUUAGAAAUGAGACACCCUUCGAUAAUAUGACAGAACAGCAUUCACUAAAUGUUGUCACUAGUAUUCAAUACACUUCGCUGGUUAAACAUUUCAUUGAACCACAUCCUUUGUAGUACCAACAUCCUUCAGAGCUAGCCAACAAAGCACAAGACAAAUCCAGUAGUAAAGAGAAUUGAUGGAAUAAUGACCCUCGCCAUGAUGUCCCUGCUGAAAUAUGAGGAGGAGGAGGAGAAAUUUAAGUAAAGAGGAAGUUAGAAGACACCAGCAUUACUAGGUUAUAUUCUCCAAGCCCUCUAACUUAAAUGGGGAUGUAUUUCUAGGAUCUAGGGCAUCAAAAUAACAAAGUGGUCUGUCAUUUCAGAAAAAACAGACUUUUCAGGAAGGUUUGCAUACAGAUUCACUUUCAGGUGAAAACAGAUGAACAUCUUAGUAGACGGGCAGAGCUUUUUAAGCUUACUGUGCAUUAAAUCUUCCCCUAAAUUCCCUAGACAACGUGGCUCUGAAGGGGUAUUUAGAAUGUACCUAAAAAAUGAAGUGGACCAGAAUGUGAACGUGAACUAAAACUAAAUCUGCUUCUGUUGGAAACUGAACUUUAAGACUGUUACCCAAGCGAUACGGGAAACACUGGAUAAAUACAAGGUUCCCUUUGACCGGAUCACUGCUGUUGUGUCGGACAAUGCAGUGUUUAUGAAAAAGACUUGGGAGUGGGGCAUGAAACCCUUGUUUUUGAACACAGUGCAAGUGACAUGUGUUGCUCACCUGUUAAACCUAGCUGGUGAUGUGUGGUGUAAAAAGCUUGAAAGAGUAAACAACCUGGUUGUAGCUGUGAAGAAAGCAUUUACAGCCUGUCCUGCAGGUAAAGCUUGCUUCCGUAUGCACCUGGAGGAAAAAGGAAAGAAUCCUUGUAUUCCACCCAUUCCAGUUAUAACACACUGGAAUAGCUGGUUUCAGGCUGAUUUGUUUUACUUGGACCAUGUAGAGGACUGCAUUUAAUUUCCUGAAGAAGAAAGGGGUCGUGCUACCAGUUCAUGUAUUGGAGAGGUAAUCGAUUUGUGCCAGUCACCAGAAGUCAUUGAACAUCUGAACAUUUUACAGCAGUAUGCACCUCGUAUUAUGCAUACCUUGACAAAAUAUGAAGAACCUGUGUAAAUAGUGUUGAUGCAGAAAGAUCAAUUGCUGCAGACAAAAAUGUACUUGGGGAUAACCGGUGCUCCAUAAAAGCAUCAAACCUCUCAAUGUACAACAUGUUGUGUCAGAAUAAUAUGAAAAUAAACCAAAAUGUAAAAUAACUGGAAACUGCACAGCAGAAGCAACAGAUGGACACAAAGAGUCUUUUUUUAAACUUCAAACACUAUUUUUUAAAGGUAUGUAAAACCUACAGUUUUUGUUUGCUGUUCUGUAGAAAACCCAACGAAUGUUAUGUAAAACAAACAUUUUUUUUUUAUAGUAUACACUGUGAAGCUUACCGAUUUACAGGUUAAAACUUGAACCUGAUAUUGUGGAAAACUUAAUAAAUAAAAAGGUGAUACAUUUUCCUUUUUUCCUACUUACAGACAGACCAAUUUUAUUUUUAUGUAGGUAUAUUUUAAAAAUAUGUAAUAGAAUUUGCAUCCCCUUGACUUCACACACCAUUUCAGCUUUCCUCCG